GAGGUCGCAGAUGCUCCGCCUUCCCGACGCUGAGCGCCGGCUCUCCGGGGUUAGCUCCAGGCCACCCGCCCCACAGCUGAGGACCGACUCCUGCUAAAUCGACGCCCGGGGGCUGCGCGCCAGGCUGGCUGACCCGGGCUCGCGGGUCCUCGGGAGCGCGCGCGCCUGGACGCCGCUGCGGACAAUGCUGCUGUUCCUGCAGCUGUUGCGUCUAGUGCCGAAGCUCGCGGCAGAGAGUCCCUGGGGGCUGCCUGUGGUGGCCGAUAGCCCGGCUUCCUUAGCGAAGGUGGUGAUGGCAGAACUAGCCGACCUGAAGUUAGAAAACAAGCCAUGGCCUGGAGGGACACACUCUCUCCACUACCACUACUUGGCCCUGUCAGAGCCAGGCCCGGGCCUUCCCCAGUUCCUGGCUAUAGGCUACGUGGACAACCAGCCCUUCAUCCAUUACGACAGUCGUGUGGACAGGGCCAAGCCCCAGGCCCCGUGGAUGGCAACCGUGGGCGCCCAGUACUGGGAGACAGAGACCCAGAAGCAGAGAGCCUGGGCAAAGGUGCAGCAGGUGGAGACGUGGACCGUGAUGGGCUACCACAACCAGAGCAGUGGCAUGCACAGCACUCAGCGGAUGUUCGGCUGUGAGAUCAGGGAGGACGGCUCUACCAGCAGCUUCUGGCAGUUUGGCUUUGACGGGCAGGACCACCUGUCCCUGGACCUGGAGACUCUGAGCUGGGUGUCAGCCAAACCUGCAGCCAUGCGGACCAAGAGCUGGUGGGAGAUGGAGCGCUGCUAUGCUGAGUAUGACAAGGCCUACCUGGAAGGCCUCUGCCUCAUUUCCCUGUGCAGGUACCUGGAGCUGGGAGGCCAGAGCCUCACCCGGAAAGAGCCGCCCACAGUGCAGGUGACAAGACACACAGCCCAGGAUGGGGGCAUCACACUGAAAUGCUGGGCCCGGGGCUUCUACCCACGGGACAUCUCACUGAGCUGGUGGCUGGGUGAGGAGGAGCUGGUUCUAGAGACUGAGUAUGUGGAGACACGCCCCAGUGGAGAUGGCACCUACCAGAUGUGGGCGGCGGUGCGGGUGCCAGCCGGGAUGGAGGACCGGUACACUUGCCAUGUGCAGCACUCUGGCCUGAACCAUAUUCUCACUGUGGCCUGGGAAGCACCCUCUCAUCCGUGGAUAACCAGUGCUGUGGUUAUCUCCACCAUCCUCACCAUCACUUUCCUGCCAGUGGCUGGAGUGUUGAUCUUCAUCAAGCAGUACUCUCAAGCCAGGAAUCAGGAAUCUUGCCAAAAAGCCCCAGGUGGAGAGGACCCUGCAGUGAGAGUGGAGGCUGCUCAGCUGCUCUGCUGACACAAGUGCACAGUCACAGGUCAACGAGGUGUUUUGUGGGGUGUUUGGGGGCCUCCAGGGUGCUAGCUGGCUGGCCGUGGUGACCCGGCUGGGAAGGGCCCUCCCUACCCCCAAAAGGAGCCCUCCACGGCACCAUGAGCCUCGUUACAAGCAGUCUGUGCCACUAAGCUAGCUUUCACCAUCUUCCUGAAGUCCUUUUGAAACUCGAAUUGUCUUCUG